UCGACACACACGCCACCACCACAACCACACCACCAACAUGACGUCCUCCGUCUUCUACAAGUUCAAGAACUCUAGGGAGCCCGAGCGCAUCACCUUCGAGGGCACCGGCAUCUCUGUCUUCGAGCUGAAGCACGACAUCAUCAAAGCAUCAGGCCUCGGCGAUGGCUCAGACUUCGACCUCCACCUCUACCCCGAAGACCAACCCACAGCUGAAUAUGACGACGACACUACCAUCAUCUCACGAUCAAGUACCGUCAUCGCGGUCCGCAGGCCGGCCGCACGCGGUCAUGGCAGAGCCGCUCGCUACGUUUCCGGUCGUGCUCCCGUGAGAGCAAUCAAGAAGGCCGAUGCCAAGCCCACUAUCACCCCAACCCCCGGCGCCGCCCUCACAGAGCAGGACGCCGAAGCUGCUUUCCUCGCAGAGUCCGCACAAGUCUGGGAUGCGCAGAAAGAGACGCUAGCGCAUGCGAAGCCCGUAUUCCACAAGAAGAAGCCGGUCAACGUCCCGACACACGACCCGCCACCGGGCUAUGUCUGCUACCGAUGCCAGAAGAAGGGCCACUGGAUUCAAGCAUGCCCGACCAACGACGACCCCGAUUUCAAACCCCAGCCCCGCGCCAAGCGCACCACCGGCAUUCCCCGAUCCUUCCUCAAGACCGUCGAGAAACCUGUGGAUGAGGAGGACGCGCGCGGCGUUAUGUUGAACGCGGAUGGAGAAUACGUGCAGGUCAUGACGGACACAAGGACUUGGGAGAAGUUCCAGGAGAAGGCAAAUGCAUCCAAGGCACAGGCUGCGAAUGUUGAUGCAGCGCACAAAGAGGUGCGUGAGAGGGGUCUUGAGUGCCCGAUCGACAAGCGCAUGUUCGUGGAUCCGGUGAAAACGCCUUGCUGCGGUAAGACGUACUGCCAUGACUGCAUCGAGAAUGCGCUGGCGGAUGGAGAUUUGGUUUGUCCGAACUGUUCAAAGGAGGGCGUUCUGAUUGAUGAUCUUGCUACCGAUGAGGACAUGGUGCAGCAGAUCAAGGUCUACGAGGCCGAGAAGGCAAAGGAGAAAUUGGACAAGGAACAGCAGGCGAAGGAGGAGGCCCAGGCGGCCGCAAAAUCCCCCACACCCCCUAACAAUAAAGAUGACAUUUCCGUGCGCCCUACUGGUUCUACAUCGCCUAAGCCGAGUAACAGUAGUGUUUCUCAAUCAACUUCCAAUGUCAAAUCCCCUCUGACUGUUGCAGCAAACCCCACAUCGUCGUCUACUCCAGGUGCCGGUGCUGGCGGUAACGGCUCCGAUACUGACACUUCAACGACGUCGAAAAAGCGAAAGGACCCUCCGACUGAGAUCAAGCCUCCUACCGCCCCGAAGGCGAUGCGCCAACAAAAGGAACAGCAGUCGCGUCAAGCCCAAGACCAGCAGGUAGCAGGUACACAAGGCUGGAUCCAGGACAUGGAAGUCCUAAGGAACAUGCCGAACAUGCCACCGAAUAUCCCGAACAUGCCAAUAAUGCCCAAUGGCAAUAUGCCGAUGAGCAUGAGCAUGAGCAUGCCGAUGAACCCGAUGAUGAUGAACGCUCCGAACAUGAAUCCACAAAACAUGGGCGGCUACCCGCAGGGCUACAACCAGGGAUACCCGAACACCGGCUGGAAUCAGGGUUACGGCAACGCCCCGAACAACUUCAACAACAUGGCCUAUCCUCCAAACAACUACCAAAACAUGCCGAACCAGAACAUGCCGAUGCACAACGCCAAUAUGAACAGCUACAACAACCAAGGCUACGGUAUGAACGGCAGCGGCUGGACCCAAGGCUACGGCAACACCUCGAACCAAAACUUCACGGAGCAGGACGCCUACGAGCGGAAACCGGUGAAUCCGCAUCGACAGAAUAGGCAUCGGAAACAGCGCGCGCCGGAUUUCCACUACGUUUAGGCGCUGCGGUGGCGGUCUUCUCGAUUCAUCUCGUCUUUGGCUUUGGCCUUUCUUCGCGGCAUGGUACUGGUAUGGGGCGUUUUCGGAUGGCUGGCCGAUGGGAAGGCUGGCUGUGGAUAGCUUCAUGUGUGCUUUCACACAUCUUUCGCAUGUGCAUAGCGAGUAGUGAAAUGGAAAUCCUUAC